GGUGUAUUUAAUUUAAAUUUAUUCUGCUGAUUGCAUUUAAAUUUAAUUGCACCGUCCUGGAGAUUCAGCGUUAAUUUGUUACACUGGUUUACUUCAACUUUAAUACUUCCCCCCACUGUUAUAGUAAUAAGGCAUUUUUAUUUUUAGCAGAAGGAAAUUCCUUGCGUCAUUUCCGGCAAUGGCGAAAGUCUUUGUUGAUAGACUAGAUGACAAAUCAUUGUAUCUAAGAUACUUUUAUUUUUAUUGGCAUUAAGGUAAAUAUCCUUUGCAAGAUAUUUUCAGCCAAAAAUACAUACAUAUCAAAAUAAAAUCCUGGAUUAUAUUUCUGAAUAAUAGGCCUAAUUUUUUUAUUUCCCCCCCCCCCAUCUACUACUAGCAUCCGACUUGAAUCUAAAAAAUAAUGUGUACUUGUACUGUUGUACUUGUACUACUUCUAUAUUAUUAAAAGAGCAAUACAAAAAUAAAAUAUACACAUUUAGUAUUUAGAAAUUAGAAAGAGAAUUUAGAGACGAAAUAAUUGAUUUAUUAAAUUUACUGAUUUAUGCCUAUAUUUAAGACAAUCACAGUCAAAAAAAACAUGUGCAGGCCCAGGGAAUGGUUAAUUUUGUAUAUCACUCAGAGCUUAUUAAUUGCUUCAAAUUUCAAAGUACCUCUGAGUCUGAGAGACUUAUAGUAGAUAUUUGAACUUAGUUUGGCUAAGGAUACUAAGAUGGGUCAUUCACAAAAAUUGGAAUAUAUUAAUAUUUUUAUAUUACCUUACGGAGAUGUAGCAGGCUUAAUCAAUCAAUUAUUUACCUAAAGUCUAAGUUAAAGGUUUAGUCAAUUUAGACUAGACUAUUUGGUAAAUGAGUAGUUAGUGGCAUGGGCUUUGCCAAGAGUGGUCUCACCCUAAUAAGCGCAGUGACAUCAGUUUGGGGAAUCCCAACUGCCAACACUUGACAAAGGGUGACAGGACCAACAGUUUGACCUGAACGAUGUGUAUAAUACAUUGCCCAUUCUUCACUGUCACUGAUCAUUAUUUGCAUCAUAAACAUAAUCUGCUGAUCAAUAGUCAAUAUGAAAUACAUUAAAAUUAAUUUUUCCAUUCAUUUUUACUAACAUUCAUCUUAUAAUGUUCAAAAGAAAUACGAAGUGUCCACAUGUCCGGCGCGCCGGACAAAUAGUGUGGGAGAUAUACGUCCGGCGAGCAUGUCACGUGACCGCCGGACGACUAGUAGGCGUUAUUAUUCCGAAGGAAAUAUCUACUAAGAAGAUCUUGUGUAGUAAUGUGGUAGUGUGGCCGCUUGACGAUAUUAUAUUUGUGGAUCGCUUCCCCUCAUGGGAACCCUUUUUUCCCCCAAUUUUAAUUGAAAAUAUUUUAUAUUAUAUUUAUAUUAUCAUUUUCAUCAGCAACAGUAGUUUUAUGAGAAGUUUUAAAAUAUUUGUAGCAAUUUAAACAAUUUAAAAUGUUUACUUACAAUUUAAAAUCUUUUACUUUUAUUGGUUGCCUACUCCAUACUGAAUACUGGCCCAUAAUUAUAUUAUGGGUUGCUGGUACACAAACUCAAAUAACAAACUAAACAAAAAUGUUUACAAGCCACUUUCACUUCAAUUUUUUUCUAUCAUUUGCAUGCAAGAUGUACAUUACUUGGUAGAGAAAUAGAUUUUAAAAUUAAUAAAAGUUUUGAAUCAUUCGCGGUCAUGUGACAAGGCUGAUGGACAAAAUAUCUCUCGCCACUUUGUUAAGACAGUCAUGUGACUUGGUCGCCGGACAAAAAGUGCGGGAGAUAUACAUCCGGCGCGCCGGACGUAUAGACACUGCCAAAGAAAUAAAACUCAUCCUUGCUGAUACCCAAAGAUGAUCUCCAGAAAAAUACAAAUAAUUGCUAUUCAUUUCUAUAAUGUCGCAAUAAUAUCAAUAUAACCCUUCCCCAAACCGUCCCCCAUUUUUAAAUUUAAAAAAAAAAUAAAGUAAUUUUGACAACCCUCCCGCCUCACUUUCAAGAUAAUUUAAAAAAUGAGAAAAAGACUUUAAUCAAAUAAAAAGAGAGCUAAAAUUCAAAAUCUUUUUUAAAGAAAAACGGAAGUAGUUGCCCAACUGCCUACGGAAACUCCAUGACUUUUUACUAUUGAACCAUCGCUGGCCCUGCAGCAAACUGCAUUUUAGCCAAAUAUUUUAAGCAGGCCUAGUUUAGAUGUAACAAUAUUCUGUAUUUAGGCCCAUCCAUGACUAUUUAUAAUAGGCCUUACACUUGAUACAGAAUUCGAAAUAAACUUAGGCUUACAGUCCCAGUCUGACACACUAUUAGCAAUUAUAAUUUUUAUUUACUGCAAAAACCACUUUGGUAAUGCCAGUAUUACUUAAUACUUUGCCUGCCACUACUAAUCCCCCUCCUUUUUUUGGGAUAAUCAGGCUUACUGCAUAGUGACAGGGACGUGUGAAAUGAGAAACCUUUUACAAGAAAAAACCUGUUACGGGCACAAACAAAGCAAAAAUAAACAAAAUUAUAAUGAUGCAGUGGUGUGCCUAGGGCAGCACUUUUGGGGUUAACAUGUUCAUAUAACAUUAUUACAUGAUUGUUAUAUUAUGAUGCAUGAGAUGGGGGAGCAUUUUUGGGAGUUCAUUGUGGACCGCAUUUAGUAUAUAUACACCACCCUGCUUUUGUAUCAACAAUGUCUACUUGGUGUAAAACAGGGUGCAAAAAAUAAGAUGUACGGUAAUAUAUAAGAUAAAAUUCACCUCAGAAAAACAAAGCAAUGAAGGGAAGAGCUGUAUACUAAAAUCAUGCCAAUAAACUUUCUUGAACUAUAGUUAAUAAACUGACAAAGACUAUAUAAAAAUAUGUAUUUUAAACAAAACAAUUUUUGUUCUACUAGAAUAGCUUUGCCAUACCAACCUAGCUUGAGCAAGUGUGGUUAAAAUUUGUACAUCAUCAUGUCGGGCGGCGAUAUAAAUCGCCAACUUAGUCAUAUGUCUGAGGCCUCAUCCAUCGGUAGCGAUGGCAACUCUUCAGAAGAUAUGGAUGAGGACAUUGAUCACAGCUAUUAUGUAGAUACAUCAAAUGAUCUGAAUCUGGACUGCCCUAGUAAUACUGAUGACCCAGAGUACUUUGAAUACGAGCCCCUUCAGUUAAUUGAUGCAGAAAGGAUGCUUAAUGAGGAGAUUGAAACUUUGUGUAUGAAAUUAAAGGUACUGAGUGGACGGUUUUACUUUUAAAAAGCAUUAUUAACGUUUAUUGAGAAUCUUCUGAUUGAGCGAAGAAUUUUUCAAAUUAUUUAAUUAAAAAUUUUUAAUUAUUUUUUUACACGUGACAUAUUGUAGAUAGUAAUUUAAUUUCUAAAAGUAUUACUAUUUUCAUUUCAAACUAAUUUUCAUUUUAAAAAAUCUCUUUUUUUUUUUCUCUUUCUGUUUCACCUUCUAAUCUUUAAUUUAUCUGAAACUAAUUCUUUUUUUUAGGUUAAUCCAUCUAUGGCUAAAAUGUUAUUGCUUCGUCACAAAUGGAAUAAAGAAGAGAUUAUUGACAAGUGAGUUCAGUUCACAUUAAAUUGUACUGUGUUAACUAAAGCUUUAUUUUAAUGUGUUGAAAUGAAUGCAGUGUAAGAGAAUUUGUAUUUGAAAAUAUAUAUGUAUAAAUAAGUUAAAUGCUACUGACAUUUUUAUUUUCAGUUUUCAACGAAAUCCAACAGAAUAUUUAAUUGAAAGUCACCUAGCCAGUCGCAGGAGACAUGUAAGUUUGAUUUUGUGCUAUUAUUAACACCAAAUAAAGGCCAGAAAAUGUGAUCCUUCUAUUGUAUUUUUUUUAGACUUAAUGUCAUCUUAUAUUAGUAAUAUAAAAAUCACCUUUUUUUCCCCUCUAAAGGACAAUUUGAUAGGUCAAAGGCCAAUAUGUUCAGUGUGCUGUGUAGAGUACUCAAGAGACAGAUUUUUUGGUGUUGCAUGUGGUCACAAGUUUUGCAGGGAUUGCUGGGACAUGCACUUUCAAAUUCAAAUUCAGGAUGGUAUCACUACAGGUAGGUAACUCAUUAUCCAAAGUAUCAUUAGAGCUCAUACCAGCUCUAAUGUAAAACUCAAAACUUCAUCCAGAAUAAAAAUCCCAUAUUUUCAAGUUAUUCACCUUGAUAAUUAGUUCAAGCAAUUGUAUUUUCUUAAUAAAAUUAUGGCUCUUACUUAUUACCAAAUUUAAUUUCAAUAAUAAUGACUGUAGCCCUAAGUACAUUUUGCAAGAUUUACGUUUAAAUGCAACAAGCUAUGAUUAACUAGGAAAUAAAUGGAUUUUCUUGACAUCAUGAAUCUGGGGCCUCAGGGCGGUUUCCAUGAAGGUUAAAUGACACUGAGGAAUGUAAUUUGCCAUCAGGACCAUGGUUUAUGUCAUUUGUAUUUGUAACAACACCAGUCCAUCUAGAUUUAGCUCUCACCCUUGCCUUGUAUCUUUUUUUUUUUGUGUGUGUGCAAAAUUCAAUCCCAAAUGUCUGAAUCUGAUACCUGGUUGCAAAUGUUCAUGAAACAGAUACGUAAGUGGCUCUAUAGAAAUGUUUCCCCAGUAGUUGAGCAUAUCAAACCAUCACCACUGCAAACUACAUUGAUAUUUACCAUUGGCUGGUAAAGAAAGUAGUAUUAUUAAUAAUAAUAAUUACAAUACUGUUUUCUUAACUAGCCAAUGUUAAAAUAGCUGAAAAAAUAUUGCUAUUAAAAGCUGCCUCAAAGACGUUACUAGUUUGAAACAAUUACCAUAAAAAGUCCCUCCGGUGUCCCUUGGACCUUGAGCACAUUUUAAAAAGUAUUUUCCAUAAUAUGGCAUCACAAGAAAAUAUUUGAUAUUUUUAAAGUAAAAUCUUUGUUCUAGUGGGGUGAACACUAUUUUAGAACUUGUCUAUAACUUCAAUUAGAUUAGACUGAAAGAAUUAUUAAAAUAUUAAAUCAAAUUAUUUUAAGUGGCCUUGUUCAUAAUUCCACAGGUAUUGAGUGCAUGGCAAAGGAGUGCCUUGUGCUGGUGACAGAAGACUUUGUUUGCGAAAUCCUCAGCCAACCGAAGCUCAGAGACAAGUAUUCCAAAUUCUCAUUCAAUGAUCUCAUCAAGGUAAACCGUCUCGAUAUGUUUGUCACUUACAGUUUUCGGCUCAGCUUGACGCAUUUUAAUUUCCUUCCAAACAUUUAACACUCAGUUUCAACUCUGUUCUACAGUCUCAUCCGAACCUACGCUUCUGUCCCGGCAUCGAUUGCUCAGUCAUCAUCAAAGCUAAGGAGGCCAAGGCUAAAAAAGUUGAGUGCCAAUCCUGCAAGGCAACAUUCUGGUGGGUUGCAGCUUUGUUUAUUGGUGCAUGUUCUCAUCAGUGUAUCAACAUUGCUGUGCAUCACAUUGCACUUUCUUGUGUUGCAAACAUAGAUUAUGGAAAUGACUGUUAAAUUGUUUUAAUGUGGAGUUAUUUUAAGAAGAUGUAUCUUCAGCCAAUGUUUUUUUCAAUAGUUGGUUCUGCAAAAGCUGCACCAUUUUCACAGGUGGACAACAAAGUCUUAAAACUGAGAAUUAUAAUUCAAUGUACCAGUACAGUAAAUCGUUAUUAGGCUUUUUUCCACACAAACUAACAAAGUAAAAUAGCACAUAUCAAUUACAAGGGAACUUAAGGCAUUUCUGUGUUUUACAAGUUAAUGUAGUUUUUGAUAAGUGUUAUGGGAGGAGGGAGUGGCCAUAGAGCCCCUGACAGGCGAUUGCAGAGCACUUAGGGCUGUUCGGAGCACAGGUUGGGAAAAAGAGGUUAUACUUAUGAUAAUGAAUAUUUGCUUGAACACUCCACAGCAGAUAUAUUUUUUUACUUGAGUGGUUGGUCUGUCAAGUCAUUUCAGUUGUUUUUGUGUGUUUUGAGCUAAAUGAAGGGUGGAAACCACUAACCUAACCUAAUUAAAUCCAAGUAUUAAAACAACUGUCCAAUAUUCAACCAUAUAUAGAUUCAAGUAAUUAUUAUAAUUAAAAAUAGAAAAUUACCAUUGGUCGUAAAUGAAAAAUAACUGUUCUAACUUCAUAUGUAUUUCAGCUUCAAAUGUGGCAUAGCUUACCAUGCCCCAACCGAAUGUGAUGUAAUCAAACGUUGGCUCACAAAGUGUGAGGACGACUCAGAGACUGCCAACUAUAUCAGUGCCCACACCAAAGAUGUGAGUGACUCAACAACCUUCUCAUUCAUUACAAAGUUUAAUACAAUUUUAAGAACUUUAUUACGAUUAGUGCAAAGUAUCCACAUUCCUACCUUUAGUCACCUUACAUCGGGAACAUUUUGAUACCACAAAGGUGUCGGGGUUAAAAUUCUCUAUGAUAACUAAUGAUGUUAUGCUAGGCAUAUAGUAAACAAUAUGUUCAUAUAGGGUAAGCCUUUACUUUAUUUUGCCACAGCAUAUUGUAUCACAAACUUUUUUUUUUUUUAUCGGAUAAUGUUUUUUGUUUUGUUUUUUUUUUAAAUUAAGAAAAAAAUGCUUAAUCUACUUUUGCACAGCUGCAUUUUUCUUAAUUAAAAAAAUGUUCUAUUUGAAAUGUAUAUUCCUAUUUAAAAAAAAACAGUAAGUAAGAUCAUAUAUGAGCCGCUUUAAAAUAUAGGAGUUAAAAGUUUUGAAAGGUCCAAGGAACAUUUAACUUUUAUGACAGAAAUAGUAGAACAAGGUAUGUGGAAGCUUGAAUCGAAAGACUGGACAUUAAGAGAAGAACCUAUCUGAAAAUCUUCUACCAUGAAUAACAAUGGCAAACAUUGAAGCUUUUUUAACUAGUUUCUAUUUGUCAUAUUUUCAUUUGUCUUAUCUAUUGAGGAAGGCUCUUGGCCGAAACAUUCUUCUCUUACUGUCCUGUCUUUCGAUUCAAGCUUCCACAUACAUUGUUUUACUGUUUUCUUCACACAACUUAAAUGCAUUCCUUCAUUUAUUAUCCUUAACUCUUAUGACAAUCAUGCAUUUUAUUUCAGUGUCCUAAGUGCCAUGUCUGUAUUGAAAAAAAUGGAGGGUGUAAUCAUAUGGUAAGUGAAGACAAUGUAGCUGGCCAUAAUUUUUGUUUAUGCAUUCAGCUCAUACACACAAAUUCCUUAUUUAUUUUAAUUUAUAGUUUAAAAAAUUUUUUUAAGUUUUAGGGUAAGGUACAUUUGAAGCAGUUUUAUACACAUCAUCAAUGCAAACCUGUUUACUCUUACGAUUUUGGUGUUCGUUGUAUGAUUUUGAGAUGUCUUUGUAUGCCAAACUUAUUAAGGCUAUGGUUUUAAGUGACCGGGUAUAAAAUAUAUACAUUCCAGUUACGUUUCCAAUUUUCAAAAAAAAUAAAAAGUACAUUUCCAGAUGUUAGUUUAAAUUGCAAUUGCAUUCUAACUCCAGCAAUGAAUGGAUCAUGAAAUACGAUUUGUUUAAUAGUGUAGUUGCCCUUGUGACAAUUUUAAUCAAUCCGGGGACAUCCUUAAGCAGAGUUGUGUGUGUGUGGGGGGGGGGUUCGAUUAUUCAGAUUUUGCCUACACAUGCGUUGAUGGUCUCUGCAGAAAGUACGUACCUUAUUGGAAAAUUGUAUAAUCUUCAUCCUGAAACUCUGAUAUUUUUUAAUGCUGUCAACAUAUCGUGGAAUGUUUUGCAGCAAUUAUUGUCAUAACAUUGCCAUGUAUUUUUACAAAUGAACUCGCUAGAUAUACACAGAUGUUACUAAGUAGUAGAGGUAUUACUGUAAUAUUUAGUCAACCAUAUGUCCAACGUGCAUUUGACAUAUAUUUUGUUGGGCUAUGCCAGUUGUUCUAAAAUUUUCGAUUCCCAGCACCUAUGCGAAAUUCAGGUUUUCACCAGGCUCCCUGUGUUAAAUUCUUAGAAGUACACUUCGAAAUAGCGAAUACGUAAACAAAAUUAGAGGGUUGGGUAAAAAUAAAUAUAACACUACGUGGGUAACUAAGCGUCAUCUAGUUACUGCAAACAUUAGUUACCCCAGUGGGUUACUGUUUGCACCACAAUCGCUAAAGUGGAAAUCAAAUUAUGAAAAUUUUGAAAUGUUUGAAAUAUCUCGCAAAACCCUUGUGAGCACACCGUGCAACUCGUAGACAAAAAAAAAAGGGGGGGGGGGGUUAGAACAUUCAACUUUUUUUGCGUACAUACUAUCUAGAUGACCCUUCCUCCCGUUUAUUCAUUUUGGGGCUGUGGGAUGUAGGUUUGUGUCAUAAUUAUUUUUUAUCGUUGAACCAUGAUGAGUGCAGUAAUAGAGAAAACUACAGAGUGCAUUCUUCACUGUUCCAGGCAGCACCAUUAGAUUUCAACAUAUUUAAUAGGACCUGAGGGGUCUUUGAAAUUUAAUUUUAGAAAUCACAAAAGCAGAUGUACGAUUUUUAAUACCCCUCUUCCUGUCACUCAAUACAGUUUUUGGUAGUUAUCAGACUGUAAUAUGUUAAUGGGAAAUAUGCAUACUGGAUAUUGAUUCUUAUUUUUUUAAAUUUGAUUUUCCUAAAAAAAAUAAAAAAAAAUAAAUAAAUAAGUAGUAGUUUUUUUUUAAAAUGGCACCCAAAUUUGUUAAAUCAAAUUAAUUCUUAUUUCAAUAAAUUUUAUUUUAUGCUGAUCUGACUUUAAGUUUGAACCAUGUUAAAUUUCAACCGUAACUUUAUUUUUACCAGUGACUUACUGUAAUAAUGUGAUCUGCACGUUGACCUAAAUAUUAAUAUCUAUAGCAGAUACCCGUCUGCAAAACAAAGUGACCACAGAUUGCAAUAUAAACUUCGGUCAUCUACUUUUAGAAGUAACCGUUUUUGACGCCAGCUUAACUUGAUCCUAUUAGACAUGCGAUGCGAGUAGUUAUUGUAUACAUUUUUAUUUCUUCACUGUUAAGGUACCUUAUUGUACGAUUUUGAGAUAAUAGUGUUUGAUUUAAUGAGUAUGAGGGUAAAUAGACCUGUCAGUGUUAUUUCUUUUUAAUUUUUCCAAUCCCACAUGUUUAAAACUUAAAUUAGAAAAAAAAAUAAGUGUCUUGUGGUGAUACAGAAGACUUUGAAUAAGUGUCAUGGGGCUCAUCGUUAAUGUUAUAUUUUCUCUUUAUUCUUAUUGUAGCAAUGUCCAGAGUGCAAAUAUGAUUUUUGCUGGAUGUGUUUAGGGGGUAAGUUAGAAUAUUCUGUGUCCCACCAUAUUAAAUUGCUCUAAAUUACAGAAGUUAUUAAAAGCAGCUGCUUUAGUGGUGUUUAAUGUAAUUUGUAUUCUCUAAGUUGAAUCUGUUAAGUUAAAAUUUUUGUUGUGUCCCACAAUUUUCACUGUCAUAUCAUUAAUAAAUUGUUGUGUGGUAUGAUUUUCACUGUAAUGUAGUGAUAAAUUUCUUCAUUUAUAAUUUGUUGAUUGCAGAAUAUUCUUAUCUCUUAUAUAAUGAUUCCCCUUAGUCUGUUAUAAAUUUAAAACAUUUUUAAAAAUUAUGAAGCUAAUGUUAAAGUUUAAACUUCACCUCCCAGCUUUACAAUCAAGCUUUGGACCAAAUUAAGCCUUCUCCAAGCUUAUUGCGUAACUUGAAACAUGUUCUUUAUAACAGAUUGGAAGUCUCAUGGAAGUGAAUAUUAUGAAUGCAGUCGUUACAAAGAAAAUCCCAACAUUGCCAAUGAAUCAGUCCAUGUGCAAGCCAGGGAAGCCUUAAAAAAAUACCUUUUCUAUUAUGAAAGGGUAAGUGAUGUUUCAUUGUUGAUUUGUGGCUUUGGUACAUCCAUGUAAACUGCCUGUGGAUUUUUUUUUAAAAGAGACAAUGUGAGUCAAUCCACUGAAUUCCUUUAUAAACUUUGAUAUAUAAUUAAAUACACAUGUGAAUAGCAAUAAGUAUGGAUGUUUCUUAAUUGCAUAAAAAGAUAAUAAAUAUUUUUGCUCUUACUUGAGAACUAAGUUUUACACAGAAUAAGUCAUAUAGUAUUUUUUGUAGCGAUUCUAAAUCAAUAUUUAAUUUCGUAAAAAUUAAGCGUUUUAAAAAGAUAACCAAAAUGAAUAAUUUUAAAAAUUAAUUUCCUUGGAACCAAACAAAGUCAUCAUGCAUGAUCCUCACAGUUACACUCCCUGAGAGUGGAUUGUAAAAUUUAAGUUUUGGUCGUUAAUAAAUGUCAAUCAAAAGGAGCAUGCUCCUAAUUCAAAUAUUUUUCUCCCAAAGUGGGAAAACCAUGCUAAAAGUUUACUGUUAGAGGAGACAACAACAGCAAAAAUCACAGCAAGAACUCAGGAGAAAGUCAUGAACAACCAAGGCACCUGGAUCGAUUGGCAGUACCUCCUCAUAGCUGCUUCACUGCUCAAAAAGGUAUGCUGGUGGCACAUGGUUAUCUAAACUGUAUUAUAAUGUCACGUCUGGAGCUUUGUUGAUGUUGUGAACUAAGUUAUAAUGAAAAAUCCUGGCAGCCUACUUUGAAUGGCUUGGGUCUAGUGGUUGAAGCUUGGUUUCCACUUAAAGCUGAUUUCAAAACUUAGAAGAUGUUAGGGCUUGAUUGAACACAUGCUUUGUUAAUCAGAAGAUACAAAAAAACAUCUUUAGAAGAUGUUAGAGCUUGACGGUUGAUGGACCACACACUUUGUUGAUCAGAAGAUGUUAGUUUAUUGUCUUGCUUUCUCUCCUUGUUCUGUGUCAUUAAAUGAUCUUGAUUUCUCUACUUGUACAGUGUAGGUACACACUCCAGUACACAUAUCCCUAUGCCUAUUACAUGGAAAAAGGACCGAGAAAAAUUCUGGUGAGUUGGGAUCUUUUAAAAAAGUUGUAUCUUUUUAACAACGGAAGUUUUUUUAUGCUUAUCAAAGUGUUGUUUUAAACAUUAAGAGAAAACAUGUUCAUUGUUCAUUCAUAUUAAAUAUUCACAUCAAGUAAAAAUGUUUUCCUUAAAGGGAUCAAAAGAAGCAUUUGCUAAAUAAAAUAAUUAUGAUUUUUUUUUUUUAGGAGUGAAAAACUUAGAAACUAUUUUGCUGUUUGGAUCUCUUUGAUGUAUGUUUUCAACAUAUUUUUCUUCAAAUGAAUUUUAACCGGUUAACUACCAUGAGCCGCUGGGGGUGGCUGGGCAUUUCUUUCGUUAUGGCCAUGAGCCGCUGGUAGUGCCAAAGCUUGUGUUGUAGUAAACGUGACCUAGAUUUAAUUCGGCCACAGCGGGUUUUUCAAUCUGGUAGCUAAUCAGUUGGGCCAUAUGGUAAAUAAGAAUGCUUGAGUUUAAUGAAACUCAUAAUUCAUGUCAACAAUAGGUUUGAUUAGUUCAGCGCUAUUUAGUGUGAGAUUCUCUUGCUUAGUAUUUCAGGAAACCAUUACAGAUUAACUUGAUUUUAUUUAUUUAGCUGAUGAAAAAUGCAGACUGAUCACUUAUGCUAAAAGUGGGUUGUGCUGUUUUCUCCCCUCAUUUUAUCUGUCCUCUCGAUUUAUAUGCAGACAUCAAUAAUGUUUAGGAACGUCUUUAUCUCUCUGUGCUCUAGUUUGAAUACCAGCAGGCACAACUGGAGGCUGAAGUAGAAAAUCUCUCAUGGAAGGUUGAGAGGGCUGAGAUCUCUGACAAAGGGGUAAGGAAUUUUUUUUUUGGGUUGGUUUUAAGGCUUAUCUAAUGUGGAAUCAGUCAGCUCCAUAUAUUUAUCUUUCUUAAUUUAAAUUUUAUUUCUGAAUCUUUAUACUUCUUUAAUUAAUCGAGAAAGCAUUCUACAGUGUUUGGCAUGCUGCUUUAUGGGCCACCAUGAGGCACUACAACAUCAACACAGACCUAACCAGAAUGAUUUGCAACCUCUAUGAUAAGGCCACCAGUGCAGUCUUCCUCAACAACAACAUCGCAGAAUGGUUCAAGACCACGAUUGGAGUACGACAAGGCUGCCUGCUCUCCCCCUUCCUGUUCAACAUCUUCCAAGAGAGAAUUAUGUCAGAUGCUCUUGAAGCGCAUGGAGGGACAGACAGCAUUGGUGGCAGAACAAUCACCAACCUACGCUUUGCCGACGACAUAGACGGAUUGGCUGGGAUGAUGACAAAUAACACCACAGGCAUCACCACUGAAAUUAAGGUCGGGGAGGAAGGACUAGAGACUGUAGGCCGCUUCAAAUACCAAGGAGCAAUAGUCUCAGAAGAAGGCUCCAAGCCCGAACUGAUGUCCAGGAUUGUGCAGACUACAACAGCACUAAAGAGGCUCAAGAAAAUAUGGAAUGACAAAAAUAUAGCCCCCAGCACCAAAAUCAGGCUGAUGCGCUCAUUAGUCCUCUCCAUUUUCCUGUAUGCCUGCGAAUCCUGGACAUUAACAGCAGAUCUUGAAAGGAAAAUAAAGGCGAUGGAGAUGAGAUGCUUCAGAAGCAUUUUUGGCAUCUCCUAUAGGGACCAUAUCUCCAAUGAUACAGUGAAAGAAAGGGUUCGCCAGGCUAUUGGGGAGUACGAUGACCUACUGGUGACUGUGAAAAAACGCAAACUACAAUGGUACGGCCACGUAACAAGGAAAAAAGGGCUUGCCAAAGAAAUAUUGCAGGGCACCACAAGAGGAAGGAGAAGAAGAGGAAGACAAAGAAAAAGAUGAGAGGAUGACAUCAAAAAGUGGGCAGGACUAACACUUGGCAAUGCUGUGCGUAGUGCAGAAGACUGAGACGAUUGGAGGAUAGUUCACAUGUCAUCUGUGGCGCCCCAACGGUCCAAGGACUAAGGGGCAUGAUGAUGAAUAAAUUUAGAUCAGUGUUUUUCAACCAGGGUUCUGCGGAACCUAAUGAGUGCUAGCGAGGGGUUCUGCCAGUUGCCUGUAAAAAAAUGGCAAAGGGGCAAAGUCUGGUAAUAAGGGGGAGAGACUGCAAUCAGGUUAGCAAAAAAAAAGAAAUGAGUAAAACAAAGUAUGGGAAAAACUGAAAAAAGGAGUGCAACAAAACAACUAACGUGUCAGCAAGAAGCAUUAGAUGGGUUACAUUACAUAUGGAGUUGACAGGUAUGCUUGCAUUUCACUGGCAUUGAAUCAUGUUUCCCUUGCAGAAAUUGUAAUCCUAUGAAAUCAAAGACUAAUAUUAACUUUUUAACAACAGGUGCUUGAAAAUCAAAUGGAUGUUGCAGAGAAACGAAGACAGACUUUACUUAAGGAAUUCUUAGAUGUUCAAGUCCUCUAACGAUGUGUCAAUGAAAUCUGCUUGCUCUGUGCAUGUGGGGUGAGAAUUAUUGAUUGUGCUGCGACUGUUGUUGGCCCAGUGACACAAGUGGAAUACAAUCUUGUCUCAUGCAGUAUUCUUAAUCAGUUUGCAUCUUUGCGUGUAAUGUAUAAUUGCAUUGAACAUUGUUUCUGAUAAAAUAACAGAGUAAUAUGCAAUUAGGUGUAUGUUUAGUAAAUGAGUAGCAAAAAAUGGUGUAUAUGAUUUCAAGGAUUUUUUUUUUCAGGUUAAAAAUAUUCUAUAAAUAAUUAGUCUAAAUGAAUUAAGCAUCAACAUGUGCUUUGAAAUAUUUGACAAUUAUUCAAGACGUGUUUCAUAAAAAGCCUUUAGAUAUUUGUUUGUUUUUCUUAAUUAAGUUUUUUACCCCUACUCAAAUUUACUGAUAAAAAUUUUAGGCGGGAAUGUAGACAUGAAUUUAUUAAAAUUAAAAAAAUAAUAAUAAGUGUUAGUAGUGUUAGAAGCUUUCACUUUAAAUGUUUUUUUAAAAAUUUAAAUGAAUUGUUUCAAACAAGUCGUGCAUACACCAUGCAAUCAAUAAGAAUGGUAUAAUUUUGAAGUUAUACAAAAAAAAAAAAAAGGACUCUCCUUUACUUUUAAUGGGUUAAAAUUUGAUGUGCUCCUAGAUGUGUCUUUGAGAUGCAUGUUUUGCUCUGCCUUAAAUUAGUCAUGUACCAUCAUCUGCCAUUCUACCUAGUGCUGUGAGUAUUCUGUAAAGCUGUCCUUGUAUAAAUAAAUAUUUAUUUAUUCAAGCUCACCCAACCCAUUAAUUCCCUGAUUACCUGUAAACUGGCUGACUGUUCUGCUUGAGAAGAAGGAGAACUCAGCAUUUUUUUCAAACAUUGCAGCAAGUUUUAACAAAGAUACUUUCAUUCCUAGUUUUGAAUUGUAAUUUUUUUCCCCAUCUCCUCUUAACAACCUUCUAGAAGCAACUAUUGUUAACUCUUUCCCUGUCUUAUAUUAAAAGAUGGAUCACCUCCAUAUUAAGUAGAUUGCCUCAGAACAUAUUAAAAGUAUUAAGUCUUGCCUUAUUUAAAGAAGAAAUCUUCAGGUAAAUUUUCUUCACAAUUAUUUGUUGAUAAAUUCAAGUCACACAGUUAUAUAAAAGUAACAUUGGAAGAUUUUAAAAUUAAAUUCAUUGCCAAAAGUCUUCACAGUGAUGCAGGCAAAGAGUUACAUUCAUGUCUUAUCUAAUAAUUUUCUUGUACCAACUGUGAAAAGCAUUAACAUCGUUCAUUAUGUUCUUACUUGAUGAUUUUUUUAAUGGCUUGAAUGUUUAACUGGAGUAUGGUGUUUACAAUGAACUUAAUAUGAAUGGGUGUAAAAAAAUAAUCUUUUUUACUGUAAUUAUAAUUAAAGCUGCAUUUUAUGUAUAUUUCUUGCAAAUAUUCUCCAUUAAUAUCUUGCGUAUGUAUUUAUUCUUAGAUUUUUUUUUGUGUUCAGCUGAAUGACUUAAACUGUAUGGCUCAUGUGACAUGUGCAUUAGUCAUUCGAUUAGCUUGUUUAGAUAUAUCCUGUGUUAAGGCUUGCUUUAUCAUUACUGUAAUUACAUUUAAUACUUCACAAUAGCUGGUAAUUUUUUUUGGUAUGUUGUGCUUUAAUGCAUAUAUGUUGACAAAGUGCUUGUCUUGGAACAUUUUCUUCAUUUUUUUUUUUGUAGAAAGUUAAAAAGUGAGAGUUAAUCAUUGUAUUUUUUUCCAAAAAAUAAUUUGCAUUUCCAUUAAAUAAAUUUUAGUUUCUGUUUAUAAAUACUUAAAGGCUCUUACCAGAUGCGGUUGCUAAAUGUUUUUUUGUUUUUUUUCAAAAAGCUAAAUUAUAGAUUUAACCAGACAACUUUAAUUGUUGUCAUCAGAAAUUGUUGUAACUGCUAAAUAUCACAAAUUACACAUUCUCAGUUUGUGUGCAGAAAUUAAGGUGUCAAAGAAGUGUUAAUGGCAUUAGGUCAAUUUUGAACAUCAGUUAUUGUUCUGUCAUCAUUGAUCAAUUGUGUGGUUUAUUGGAAUUUUGUUUUCUUUUAACAAACAGUCAUUAUUUCCUUCCCUACAGAAAAGAUAUAUUUCUGUGUCACAGAAAAGAUAUAUUUCUGUGUCACCUCUGUGUGUUGUUAGAAUAAACAAAUCAAGGCUCUGUCAAACCAGUAAUUGUAUGUUUGCUGCCCAUCUCUGAAAUAUACUAAUCAACUCUCCAUAAAACUAAAUGAAGAUAAGUGUUAGAAUGUGUUAGUUUGAACUUUUGUUUAAGUUAAAAUCUCUCUGCUUAUUCUCUGCAGUUACUUUGGUUUGUGAAUGAAAUGGCAGUUACCGGUUAGGUUGUCACUAUGUCUAGAUAUGCAAAAGGUUGUAUAAUUUAUGAUUGCUACUACUUGAUAUCCCGACAGUCAGAAUAGUUUUCCUAUUUCACUCAACAUGACACCUCAUCUUAAUUUUCAGCCACCGUUGGAUGCUCAUUAAAAAUAAUGAUGUGAAUCAAUUUAUGUAUUAAAAUAAAUUAUGUUAAUAAUUUUACUUCUCCGAUUCUAGUUUAAAAAAAAAAAAAGUAUGGACAUUUAAACGAAAUUGUAACACCACUGUAACAUUGAUGAUGGUAAUUAUUCAUUUUAAGUCUCUGGAAACUCUUGUUCAGAAUUAAUAAUAAUUUUUGUGUUUACCACAAUCAUUAGUUCCUCGUAAACCCUGCAGAUGCUAUUUCUACUCCUGGGUAGUUUCUUGAAUUCAACAGUUGCAUAUAUUUACACGAAGGUAAUUCACAUUGCCCAAAUAAGCUUUAUAGUACUUGUGAAAUUAAAAAGCAGAUUAAUAUACCCGAAGCACUAGUCUUAGGUAUUGUAUUGCACAACUGUUAAUGUAGUCUGGGUGAUACGUUUUUUUGUGCUUUUUUUGUCAUCUGAGUUAUCAUAUCAACAUCUUUAAUUAAAGUUCAAGAAUGAAAAUUUAAUUUUUUUUUUUAAAAAGCAAAGUUCUUCCUAUAAUUAUAUAUAUAUGUUAUUAUAAAUAGAAGAAUCUUCUGUAACACCUGAUUUUUUAUUUCCAUUAUUUGUUACUAUUUCAGCAGACCCACUUUUGUUGCUGUAAAUAAGAAAUGAUUGAUUCCUUAAAACAGUGUAACAAAGUCCGGUAAAUAGUUUACUGACCCUUGAACUAAAUUAGAAAUGUAAGUUACUAUUGUUUCAAUUAUAAUGUUAGACUAAUUAUAACUUACAUUUCUCAUUUCCUCACUUAAGUAAUUUUUUUUAACAAAAGUCUCCUAUCUGUGGUAAAGUAAAGUGAACUGUUUGAAAAUUAUGAACUAUCCCUAAGUAAUAUUCUUUAAAAUAAAAUUAAUAAUAAACAAACCAGUUAAGUCAGAUAGCAAAUGUAAAAGUUCAUCAUUUUUUUUUAUAAUGGGUCCGCCCUGUUCAAUUCAGGGCUACGUAUGGCAUGGUUUAUGUCAUACCUAGAACUGCUAUGCUCUGAUGAUACAUAACUGAGACACAACAUUCCCCUAUGUAUGCAACAAAUAUGUACAGUCUUUUACCAUUAUACUUGAUUUUUUUUGUCAUUGGCUGAUUCAUUGAAUUCACACAUAUUAGAGUACAUGUAUAUAUAGAUGCUGAGUAUGAGAUUGACUUUGGUAUUGUAGCUGACAUUUUCUUUUCUUUGAAUAAUUGAUUUAGUAAGUAAGAGGGAAAAUGAGUUGAAAUAACUAUCAUGAAUAUUAUCAUGCCUUUGUAUGAGUUGUGCCAUUCUGUUUCACCAAAUCUAGCUUCCAUAAUGUGAAUGGCUAGUAUGAAGUUUAUUUUAAUGGAUAUUGUUUUGUCUACCUGUGAAAGGUUUUCUCUGAAUGUACCUAAGUUAUGGAAAACUGUUAUUAAAACCAUAUUCAAUUACUGAUGAAGCUGUUGUGUGGUUUUAAUUAUUUUAAAAAAAAUUAGCUUAUUCAUGCAGAG